AUGGAUGACACGAGCUACGGAAAUACCAUGGGAAAGCGCAAGCGUGGUAGGCCCCGAAAAUACUCAACAGCUAAGGCUAAAGCUGCAGCGGAUGUAGAACGGAAGCGAGCGGCGCGGCGGGACGCUUCCUCUGCACAACAUGACUUAACGCAUACCAACUUCUACAACCCAGUCCUAUCUCUACAAUUGGCAGACACAUUUGGCGGCUUCCAUCCGCUACUGGAAGAGGGCGUGGAAGCACAGGUAACGCUUGACAAUGAAACUCCCACAGGCGCUGCUGACCCUAGCCCUCCGGUGGACUACGUUGGUCCUGAUCUAGAUGAGGCCAUUGGCUUUGAUGCACCCCUUGAACCCUUACCCCAGCCAGAGGAGGAUGAAGGAGGUCUAGUUGAGCGCCUCGCGCAGAAGCUGGCAGAGCAACUCACCAGGUUCCAAGGAUGCUGCAACGACUGUCACCAGACAGCGAAGGAGCGUCGUAUGCAAAGCCCGGCGGAGCAGAUCAGCCUUACCCAGUACCUUGAGUCUACUGCUGGGUUAGGCGCUGACGUCCUCAGCAGCAAGACCCUCGCGGGCGGGAAAGAUGACCUAGCCGGGAAAGUAAACGCCGAGUGUAGAAAGAAGAUCUUCUGCGGCGUCGAUUCCAGGUCCGAGGCGCCGCUCAUCUGCCUAGACAAUGACGAGAGAGUCUCGCGUACCGCAGGCGUUACCUUUGACGUGGACAGCAUCAUAGGUUUCCCAACCAGCCUGUCCGUCGCCAAGCGAGGCAUUCGCUGGUCCCCUACGAGGAUGACUGUGUCAGAUCUUCAGUCUGACCUCCAUCUACGGUCAAUCCCGGUGACAUAUUUUACCGCAGAUGGGGUGCAGCGUCAAGUCCAGCGGCCGGUGCACCAAGUCCCCCACUAUACCUUUGGCCGCGUCAUCGGCUUUGAGGACAUUUCCCUCUACUUUCUCUUUCCCAAACUCAGCGACCAGGUCCAGCACUACCCGUCAAGCUACAACCACAGCCAGUACAACUCCACGGCCCGCGGCGUAGAGUCGCUUACCCAGCAUGUGCACCCGGUGGCGCGCGAGCAACAGCUGGUAUACUGCCUGCCGCCGGAGUCGCUGGGAGAUGUCUGGGCCGGUAUCCUCAGCGCCACCCAAGAGCCGGGGUUUCAUCAGUUCCAGAAUGUUACCAUCCUUCUGCAGGCGAAGAACCUAAAAACAAUUACAAAGGAUGUCACCUGGGAGAAGAUGAAUCUGCGGAGACUUGCCCAUGGCAGGCCUCGAGAGUUGCACCAUGACGGCUCUCCUUACUACAGCUUUACCACCAACACCCUGCUUCAAUGGGUACGGUGGAACGUUAACAAGUUCUGCAUGGGGUUUGAAAUGGUGCACAGCUUCCAAGACCCGCACUUCGUCACCUGGGAGCACACAAGAGUUAUGCUCAUGUUUCUGCGCUGCCUCCAGUUCUCCUACGCAGGCGGACUAAUACAGAAGCCGAACGGACUGCGCCGAUGGGAAGGCCUCGGGUUCAGGCGGACCAUGGAGACCUACGGCUACGCCUGGUUCCUGGACAAGGUCGACUGGAGCACGCUUACCUUCCGCCAGCCACACGCAGCCUACAUGAUGUUCAAUAACCCCUCUAUGCAGACCGCCUACCGCGCGCGGUACCACCAGGUCCGAGACGUGCGCAUCGACUUCAUCAGGGUGAACAAGGCCUACCAGUGGAUGCUCGAGUUUAGUGCCGUCCCCGCGUGCCUCGACCUCCUAGGGGACUACCUCCGAGAGCUCUGCCUCUGUGCGUUCCGGAAGGACGUGUUCUUCCACAUAAAGGCGACGCUGAAGCCCGAGUGCGCAAAGGCCGCGCUGGCUGGGGAGAUCCCCCUCUGCUACGACAGCGUAAAGGACGCCAUGCUGACAGAACACCAGCCGCCUCAGCUCGCGGCAGGGAAUAGGCUGGCAGUAAAGGAUAUCCACGUGUUGUUCGCCUGGCUCUGGAAGUCCAAGGACGACGAAUUCGAACGCCAAGGCUGGAACGAUAAGCCGUUCCGGAUGCUCUUCCAACAGAGCUUCCAAGCCGUCAAGGCCGCGCGGGGGAAGGAUGGCGCCUGCAAGUGGCGGCGGGAGCUAAAAAGGUCGUUCCUCGGGAGCCACUGGCUCCUCCCCUACCCGCACGGCCGGGGAUUUAUGCGCAGAGAUAAGGAGGAAAAGCAGUUUCUGUGGUGGCCUAGUGUACACGACGGACUUGUUAAACAUUAUAGCAAGUCCUAUGGUAUUGGCACUCUUAAGCAUCCACUGCCAGCAUUUAACGUCAAGCUUCACCCUGUUGACGGCUGGAAACUAGGAAGCAAGUUUCCGCGGAAAGGUUACAUGCCAUACGUAAUACAGCCGGAGCAGGAGCUGGUCCAAAUGCCCGAGAGUGAUCUUUACACCAGGCUGCUAACCCGAUGUCGUACAGGUAAUGAAUACCCGAAUAUUGUGAUAAACCGUACACUAGUAAGUUUAAAGUUGGAUAGGCUAUACUUUAUACUAAGGAAUAUAGUAAAUUAUAUCUCCCUUCUAAAGGGUUAUUAUAAGGUGGAAUAUGGUGCUUAG